GAGGCAAUGAGAUUAUUCACUGAAGAUAGCUAAAACCUGGAAUGUACCUGAGAAAAACAAAAUUAGCAAAAAUAAGUAGACCAAGAUGAUCAAUGAUGAUCAUGGUUGAAUUUAGACUUCAUUGAAACUGUUGGCUUUAAUUUCUUAGCUCAACCUACAUAAUAUGCAUUGUCCAAGAGCUUUUCAAUGAAAAAGCAUUGUCUUCAAAAAGUCCUUUAUUUCAUUGUAGGCUAUACUAGAAUUAGGGCAGGGGUUAAAACAAAGAUUGUAGCAGAUGACACUGUGCAUAAUUGUGUCCACCAUUUGAGUACUGAUGAAAUUGUUCAAAGCAUUAUUAAUGCACAGCCUAAACCGAAGCCACCAUUUAGGAUCCCCCCAAAAAAUCCUCCAUACACACCUUUACCGAUAUACCUUGGUUUCAACUCAGAUAUUUCUAAGGUGCUUGUGCAACCCAAGAAAACAUUUUUUGCAGCGUUGAAAGACGAAUUGAAAGAGACGGCAUACAAGUCAUACUGGCUCAAUGAACUGGGUGCUUUGCCGGAUCAAACGGCUAACUUGCCUGUUGGGAUGAAUAUGUACACUACUGUUUUUGGAAAGCCCAGCCACCAAGCUAGUUACAUGCAUGCUGGAGACCUCAUUAAUCCAAAAAAGUGUCCUCACAUUGUGGAAAAGGAGGCAAUGAAAGGAAAAGAAUUAUACAAGAUUUCACAUAAGGCUUAUUUACCAGGAGAGCAAGUAAAACAUGAUCCAAUGAUGAAGUUUCCUCCAAAUUUAAUUUUUGGUAAAACAACUUUGGCAUCUUAUGAUGGCAAGGGUGUAAAUACACUCAUGAACUGGAUAGACCAAAACGAAGUUUCAACGACUUCACAGAGCUUGGCAUUUUUCCGAUACCGUCAUCAUCAUGAGCUUGGCAAACCUUUAAAAAGAAUUGGAAUACCCAAAAAAUUUGAUAAAUGCUUUACAUUUGGAAAAGUCGAGAGAAAAGAAAAAGAUUUUGAAGAAAAUCCAUCGUUAGAAUUGGCGGAACAAGUAGCAUUUGUGUACAACAUGAAAAUUAAUUUGAGGAAAAAGCAUUUCAAUUUUUUGCCCCUGCUCACCAAUUUAAGAGAACUGGAUGUCGAAGGGACAGGCAUUUUAGAACAAGGUCAAUUUUUUGAUAUUGUUAAGUCAUACGGAUUGCAGUUUUAUAGAGAAAAAAUUGACCCUAUUUGUAAAAAGUUGAAAAUUUACACUGAUGACGGCAAAGGGGUUUACUAUGAUAAAUUUUGUGCACUGAUUAAUCCAGCAGAAGAUUUACCAAAUUUUGGAAAAGUGAUACCAAAAUCAAGGGAAACAACAUACUCUUCAGAGUAUAUGUCUAUGUGCAGUGAUCUUCAAAGCAAAGAUGAAAAACAACCUGCUGCUGGACUACCGUCUAAUCCGCUCAAGUUUGGAGAAAUUACAAUUCCUGCUGGUAUGUGCAAGGCAAAUCAUGAUGAUCUCCCUUCAGAAACAGAUGUUUCUGAAUUGCUGCGACCAAACAUAUUUCUUCAGUAUGGCCUUAGCCAUCGCGACUUCUUUCAGCCAAGGACUAAGAACUUUUUGAGGGACCUGUGGGCAAAAGUGGGAGUGGAUAUUCCUGGCAAUAUAUUUGAGAUGUUGUGGGCAGAAGGGGAACGACGGGACGGAGUCGAAAAUGUGUCUAUCGAGACUUUCCGUAACAUGCUUGAUGAAGUUUCUACAGGAAGAUUAGAACAGCUUUCACCUCUUAAAAUGUAAUUUUGUAAAUGAUUGAAAUAAAUUUAUUCUAGUCGG